AUGGCCGUUGAUCCAAACUUUCCGUGCUCAUUAGUCAUCGACAUCCCCUUUCCGACUGCCCGCCUUGCCACAGUCGCCCUGCAGGCUCUUUCUGUCGACAAGGAGCUCUCCCCAUCCGUGCGCCGGUCAUUUGCUGUACAGAGCGCCUCCGACGACGACAACAACAGCGACAACGCCAACGCCAAGACAAUCCUCCGCACGACGUACGAAGCCUCGACAAACCGCAUGCUGCGUGUGUCGGUCAAUGCGUUUCUAGACAGUGUCGGCUUGGUUGUGGAGGUGAUGGGCGCGUUGGAUGAGGACGUUCUGGAGGCCAAGGCUGCGACAUGA